AUGGGUUCGGAUUCGGAUCGUGUUGAUGCACUUGUUAGUAAGUUGGCUCUUGAAUUUAAAGUUCGUGAUAUGGGGGUUCCUUCUUUCUUUUUGGGAAUUGAAACUGUUCAAUUAUCUAGUGGCAUGCUCUUGUCACAACAGCGUUACAUGAAGGAUAUUCUCAAACGAGCAGGAAUGGUUGACUGCAAGCCGGUUGCCACUCCAAUUUCCUCUGCCAAAACCGUGGACAACCCUGUGGUUCCGUAUGCCGAUCCAACUCAUUACCACAGCCUUGCCGGUGCUCUGCAGUAUCUUACAGUAACUCGUCCUGAUCUCUCUUAUGCUGUUAACCGUUUGUGUCAGCACAUGCAUGCCCCUACCACUGCAGACUGGGCGACUUUGAAGAGGGUUCUGCAUUAUGUCAAUGGGACUCUCAAUCUUGGUGUCCACAUAUCUCUUUCUGAUUAUUUUGACAUUCAUGCCUACUCUGACUCGGAUUGGGCUGGCAAUCCGGAUGAUCAGAAGUCCACUAGUUGCUUUGUUGUGUUUUUGGGGAAGAAUCUUAUAUCCUUGGUGUGCCGCAAGCAACGGACUGUGGCUCGUUCAUCUACUGAAGCUGAGUACAAGGGGUUAGCUGAUGUGUCUGCUGAGGUCACCUGA